AUGUCCAAUGCAACUGAAUCUCAGACCACCAUCACUGCUGGACGGGGUAUACUGGAAAGAGUGUUGUUUUCCACUGUGACUACACUGCCAUGCUGUGUUUUCCUCAUCAUUAAUGGGGCCAUGUUAUUCACCUUGAGGAGUAAAACUGUGUUUUGUGAAACCUCCCGUUACAUUCUCCUGUACAACCUGCUUUUUGCAGACACUGCAGUGCUAGCACAGAGUCAGUUACUGUACCUACUGGCUGCUUUUAGAAUAAGGCUGACAUAUCCUGUGUGUGGUGUUCUCACCAUGCUCGCCAGUCUCACAACUGCAAUCUCUCCUCUCACACUGGUGGUGAUGUCUCUGGAGAGAUAUGUAGCUGUGUGCUACCCACUGAGGCACGCUACCAUCAUCACCAUCAGAAACACAAGAAAGGCCAUUUUUGGGAUUUGGGCCUUCAGUUCACUCAAUGUCCUCGCACGAAUUCUUUUAUUAUUGGAUUUUCCAUUUCAAGACCUAGAGAACCUGCAAAUGAUAGAAUACUGCACUGAAGAAAACCUGCUGCUCGAGCCAGUGUCUAACCUUUAUGAUAAAGUCUACACUUCUUUUCUGUUUGUAUCAGCAAGUGUGAUAAUCACUUUCUCCUACAUUGGUGUGAUGGUAGCAGCCAGGUCAGCCUCUACAGACAAAGCUUCAGCUCGUAAGGCUCGUAACACACUGCUGCUGCAUCUGGUGCAGCUGGGUCUCAGUCUCUUGUCAACGAUGUCCAAUCAACUGUUUGUAGUAAUCUCAAAGGUUCUAAGCAAGAUAGCUGUAGUGCGCAUUCAGAUUGUUGUUUACGUGUGUAUUAUCAUCUUUCCAAGAUGUUUGAGUGCUCUGAUCUAUGGCAUCAGAGACCAAACCAUCAGACCUGUUCUCAUAUACCAUCUCUGCUGUCACCUGAAACUAUCCAUUAAUCCAGCCACCAAUGAGAUCUCACCUUAG